UAACCAAAUUAAGUUUUGCGUGCGAUUAAAGAUACACGCAACAAAAACAAAAGCAUGGAAGAUAGGAAAGAAGAAUGUUGCUGGAUUUAUUGCAAACAAGAAUAACAAACGUGACAGGGAAUAAAAGAUGGAUGUAUAAUGGAAGGCACAUUCUUUUUUUCUUUUGUAUGCAUCAAUCAUUAGAUAUAAACUUAUAGAUUUAUAUUUUAAAAAUGGGGGUGAGAAAAAAAGGAGAACAUGUACAGCGAUUUUAAGCAAUGCAUAGCAACUUCCCACUAUCCUUAUUCCUAAACCAUCUACCUAAUAGGCUAAUACAAACAUUGCAAUUAAGGAACCAUGUUUGAUUUGCAUUACUCCAGUUUGGCGGCUCUAUACAUACUUAUCCCACUUUCUAUCAUUUUCUUUUUAUAUUAGUUAUUAAAAUAUUAUAUAUAUAUAUAUAUAUAUUACAUAAAACAAGCAUUAGUAAACACAAUAUCAAAGUCAAUAAAAGAUUCUAGAAAUGAAGUCGGUUAUAGACGACAGGCUAAACAAUAAAAUAUCUCAAAAACCAAAUGAUAUAGGCUAAAUACUCUAGGGCAGAUUUGUAUGUUCUACAAUUAUAACAAACUCACCGAUUGAAUGAACCAAUUUUCGAGGUCGGCAACACGAGAUGAAUGAAGAGCAAUCGCCUUCAGCGUCACAUUCAUGAUUCAUCAAGUAGUCCUACAUUGUAAUAUAUAUGACGAACUUGUAAGAAGCUUAUAUUAUUUAUAUUGCUAAGGGACAUAACAAAACUAUCAUAGUAAUUUAAGUAACAUUUAGAAUGAAUAUUACUAGUUUUAAAAUUAGUGAUGAAUUUGUGGUGUCGAACAUACACAUACUUAUUGGUGACAAAACGUGAUCUUCAACACGUUUUAUAUAACUAAUCAAACCGGCCGAGUAUUUAUGAAGGUGUCGAUCUAAACAAUUAUAUUAAUUAUACUAUAUUAUGUUUAAUUCUGAUGUUAGCAUUCAACGUUGUGAUGUUACUGUUAGUAAAACGCAUAAACCAUAUGUUUAAUUCUGAUGUUAGCAUUCAACGUUGUUUAGAUACACACAUUGGAAUCAAAUUGAUAAUAUAACCACACAAUCUUGCUUUGUACCAACAGGGUUGGUCCUCCCCUCCGGCGAAUAUUGAGAAACAAUUAACUAAAAGACCACGCAACACAACUGUCAGAGAAUCAUAGGCCUCUUUUUUUCAAGCCCCAAAACAUUACUAAUAUACAGUAUACAUAAAUAAAAAAAGACGAUAAUGGUCCACAACCUCAUUGUAAGCAUCUUUGGAUGGACACAAGUCGCAAAACUAGUGGCAUCUUUCUCGCCUCCAUUAUUAAACAAACAACAAAAAAUCAUUAAUCCAUUAGAAAAGGACGUAAUCCGAAAAUCAUUAGUAUUAAUCGGUGGCUUUCCAAUAUUAUUGCAAAACGCCGACGCCUAACGCGACUCAUCACAACACAAACGCGUCUUCCUUGUUUCUUUUCCUUUCUCUAUCACAAAACGAUUACUUCAGAAAAGCAAAUUCAUUAAAUUAAAUAUAUAUAUUUCCUUCUUUAGAAGAAGAACAAGGUACUUUGGUCGGCCUGCGCAAAAAAAAAAAAAAACCAGAUCUCUUCUCCCCCGACUAAAACCUUCUUCAGAUCAGUUUAUUAAAACACCCUGCUCUAUCCCCACCCACCCAGAAGAAAAAAGUUUCGAUUUUUAUAUAUAAAUUUAGUGGAGAAAAAAAAGAAAGAAGAGGAAGAAGAUGAUGUUGGAGUAUGAGCAUGGGAAGAAGAGGAAAGUUCGGAACAGACAGCAUCAACCUAAAGCACACUUCUUGUCUCUAAGGUAUCUAACGAUAUGUCUUUGCUGUUUCUUCGUCUUGCUCUUCUUCUUCUUAUCCUCCGACCGAAUCUCCGUCCGGUCUGAUUCUCUGAGACCCUCUCUCCGCGUCCCUGCUCUCUCCGUCUUAUCUUCGAUGGAUUCGAUUCAACGCUCGUUUCACGGUAGGUUCCCUCCGCUGAGAGUCGAAGACAGAGUCCAGUUCCCCGACCAUGUGCUGCUGAUUCUCUCCACCAGAGUCGGGAGAGGAGUGAAGGAACUAGUUUGUGUUUAUCACGGUGGAAGAAAGGAAGAGACUUUGGUGUUGAAGUCGAUCUCUAGUGAUGAAUUCGAUGAGUUUAGAUCGGUUGUUCGGUGUCCUAACGCUCCUUUGAACUAUUCUUCGUCUGUUGAUUUGCAAUUCAACGGAGAUUUAGUGAAGAAGAAGAUGAGUGAUGAGAAGAAGGUUCAUGAUUGGGCCAAAGUUGGUUACGAGGCGGUUAUUGACGGCGACACGGUGGUUGUGUUCGUCAAAGGAUUGACUCGAAGACCUCACAAGGAGUCAGAUCCUUCUUACUACAAAUGCCAGUUCGAGACAGGUGUUGAAGUUUUGGUCACUCAAGCUCUUGCUGCAGCGCAAGAGGUUGUGAGGUGUGUUUUGCCUGAGAGCUUGAAGCUAAAUCCGGAGAUGUUUCGAGUGAGUGUGAUCCACAUCGAUCCUAGAGGAAGAUCCACGCCUGCUUUACCAUCCGUUGCGAGAGUCUACGGUUCAGAGAAGAAGAGUGAGGUGAAGGUGAAGAAGAAGCAUGAGCUUUGUGUUUGCACGAUGCUGUGGAACCAAGCUCCCUUCUUGCGUGAAUGGAUUAUGUACCACUCGUGGCUAGGCGUCGAGCGUUGGUUUAUAUACGACAACAACAGCGACGACGAUAUACAAGAGGAGAUUGAAUUGCUCAACUCAGAGAAUUACAAUGUGAGCCGACAUGUCUGGCCGUGGAUCAAGACUCAAGAAGCUGGUUUCUCGCAUUGUGCGGUUAGAGCCAAAGACGAAUGCAACUGGGUUGGGUUCUUCGACGUGGACGAGUUCUACUACUUCCCUACGCAUCGCUCUCAAGGCUUACCUAGCAAAAACGCUUUAAGCUCUCUUGUAUCUAACUACACUUCGUGGGGUUUGGUCGGAGAGAUAAGAACCGAAUGUCAUAGUUACGGUCCGUCCGGUCUAACUACAGUUCCAUCGCAAGGCGUGACGGUAGGUUACACUUGUAGACAAGCGAACCCGGAGAGACAUAAGUCGAUAAUCCGACCAGAGAUGCUAACGAGCUCGUUGCUCAACGAGGUUCAUCAUUUUCAGAUGAGGGAAGGAGUAGGGCAUAUGAGUUUGGUGGAGAGUGUUGCGGUUGUGAAUCAUUAUAAGUAUCAAGUUUGGGAUACUUUUAAAGCGAAAUUUCAGAGAAGAGUGGCUACUUAUGUUGUGGACUGGCAGGAGAAUCAGAACCAAGGGUCUAAAGAUCGAGCUCCGGGGCUAGGGACCGAGGCUAUUGAGCCGGUUGAUUGGAACAGACGGUUCUGUGAAGUGUGGGAUACUGGUUUGAAGGAUUUGGUUUUGUCUAAUUUUGCUGAUCAAGUGACUGGUUAUUUGCCGUGGCAGAGGCAACAACUACAACAAGAUUGACUUCUUUUUUUUGGUUACUUGGUUUGUGAGAUUUUGUACAUUUGACGAGUAUACACAUUAAUAUUACUUCUUUUGUUAUUUAAUUGUUUUUUUUGUUGGAGAGAAUUGAAAUGGUUUCUAAUUUUGUUUGGUUUAAUAGAGUUUACCACAUUUGUAAAUUUCAAUAUUCUUUUGGGUUCUUUACAUGAAUUAAUAUUUAUUUACUAA